AUGGCGUACAAAACACAAAAAACGAUGUUUGCCUGCAAUGUUUUUGCGUGUUUGUUACUGGUAUGUGCAUCGGAUCUAAUUACCGGGCAACUUCGCUAUUCUAUUCACGAAGAAAUGGAAGAAGGCGCUAUUGUUGGAAAUUUCGCUCUUGAUCUGGGUCUGAACGUACGGCUAUUGUCGGCUCGCAAAUUGCGACUCAGCUCUGAUGAUGGAGGACGGUACAUGAAGGUUGGUUCAGACAAUGGGGUAUUAUCUAUUCGUGAAAGAAUCGACAGGGAACGGAUUUGUAGGCAUGCAGACGUGUGUACCAUAUAUUUUAAAACAACACUAGAAAAUCCCUUGGAGGUGUACCGCGGGGAAGUAGAGAUUCUCGAUGUCAAUGAUAAUCCUCCGAAUUUCAGAGACGGAAGCAUCGCCUUACAGAUAUCUGAAGCGAUUGCGCCCGGAGUGCGUUUCCGUCUUGAGAGCGCGGAAGAUCCCGAUAUUGGAAUAAAUACUAUCACCGCCUACACAAUCAGUUCCAAUGAGCACUUUAGUCUAAAAACGCAUACAACAGAAGAUGGUAUUAUGGUAGCCGAGUUACUGUUAGAGAAAUAUUUAGACCGAGAAGUCCAAUCAUCAUAUCAACUCUUGCUUACAGCGGUUGACGGUGGGAUACCUCAGAGAUCAGGCACAGCUCAGGUUCUCAUUACUGUAUUGGACAUUAAUGAUAAUCCACCAGUGUUCGAUCAUGAUAUUUACAGGAGCAGUUUAAGUGAGAACGCUCGGCAAGGUGCCAUUGUGAUGAAAGUCAAUGCAAAUGACGCGGACGAAGGAAUGAAUGCGGAGCUAACGUACACUUUUAGUGAAGUUGCUUUGCGAAGAGCGCGUAAUUUGUUUAGUUUAGACCCAGAUAGUGGGGAGAUCCGUGUGGAAGGAUCGCUGGAUUUUGAAGAAGCAACUAGCUAUUCUCUAGAUAUUCAAGCUGUGGACCACGGUUCACCUGCAAUUACUGGACACGCAAAUGUGCUGAUCAAAGUCAUUGACGUGAACGAUAACGCACCCGAGAUUAAGGUGACAUCAGCUUCCAACAAAAUUCCAGAAAAUGCUCCACCAGGAACAUUCAUAACGUUCAUUGAUAUUAUUGACCGUGAUUCUGGCGAGAACGGUCAAUUCCGCUGCGAGAUUCCCAAGAACGUCCCCUUUAGAAUAGAAACACCAUCGAAAUUGGUUAUCAGUGAAACGUUGGAUCGUGAAGUGAUUUCUGAAUAUAUAUUAGUAGUUACCGCAUGGGAUUUGGGGUCGCCUUCGCUGACAUCUAAUAAAACCAUCCGUAUUGCAAUAACCGAUGUAAACGACAACACCCCGCAGUUUGCUGCAUCCUCCUACAAUGUCUAUGUGAUGGAGAAUAACGCUCCGGGUGCAUCCAUUUUCGCAUUAACUGCACUAGAUGAUGAUCGGGAGCAGAACGCCUAUAUUUCUUACUCUUUUGUGAACAAUCACAUCCAAAACCUGCCGGUAUCCACUUACCUGACUAUUAACCCAAUAAACGGAACGAUUUACGCGCUGCGUUCCUUUGAUUAUGAGAAUUUAAAAAACUUCCAAAUCAAAGUACAAGCCCGUGACGCCGGGGUGCCUCCAUUAAGCAGCAGCGCCACGGUGAAUGUGAUAAUCCUGGAUCAAAAUGACAAUGCGCCGGUAAUUGUUUCAACUUCAGAAGAGAGUGGAUCAGCAGCAGCGGAGGUCGUGCCCCACUCAGCGCGCCAAGGUUACUUGGUUACCACAAUAAUGGCAACCGAUGCAGAUUCUGGUCAGAACUCGCGGCUCUUUUACCAGAUGACGAAAUCUAUCGAUGCCACUUUGUUCAACGUUGGGCAAAAUUCCGGAGAAAUCAGAACAGCGCGGAAUAUUUUGCAGUCCGAUAAUCCUUUACAAACUCUGGUAAUCUUGGUCAAGGACAAUGGGCAGCCAAGCCUUUCCAGUACAGUUACAAUGAACAUUAGAGUUUUGGAGAACAGUACUGAAGGAAUCACCGAAAGCAGCACCUUGGUGAAAAAUCCAGAAUAUUUCGCUGAUCCAAAUGUUUACUUAAUCAUCAUUUUCAGUUGCACUUCCGUUGUCUUUCUUCUGAUCAUCGUUCUGUUGAUUGGCAUCAAGUGUAAACAGGACAGAAGUAUUAUCCAAGGGUACAACACCCCCAGUUAUUGUUACAAUCGUGGAGACUUGCACGGCACGCUUAAUGGAAGACCUAUCAUGGAGGAAACUUUACGCUAUCCCGGGACGGGCCGGGUAGUCCGCGUGCCGGAACCGCAUCAAUAUUCGGUCUGCUUGUCUCCAGAGUCCGCAAAAAGUGAAUUCCUCUUCUUGAAGCCAUGCGGCGCUCCCAGUACAUCCAAAAACUUGCCAGUCCCCGCUUUCCUCAACAUUAACGCAAAUAACAGCACCAUAUACGCGCAGCACUCAUCUGACUAUGAGCACCUCAAUAACUCCCGGAUCCAUGUGCAAGCCCGUGACGCUGGAGUCCCUCCUCCGAACAACAGCGCCACGGAAAUGGAGGAAGGGGCAUUUGUUGGGAAUAUCGCUGUGGAUUUGAGCCUGAGUGUACAUCAAUUAUCAGCUCGCAAAUUCCGACUGAGCUCCGAUGAUUACAUAAAGGUUAGUUUGGACAAUGGAAUCAUGAGUAUUCGUGAAAGAAUCGACCGGGAACGUAUUUGUGGACAGAAUGAUCAAUGUACUAUACGUUUCGAAAUAAUACUGGAAAAUCCUUUGGAGGUGUAUGAAGGGGAAUUGGAGAUUCUUGACGUAAAUGACAAUUCCCCCACUUUCCCGCAGAGGAGCAUUGCUUUGCAGAUGUCAGAAGCGAGUGCAUCUGCUGGUGCACGUUUCCGAGUCGAGAGCGCGGAUGAUCCCGACAUUGGUACAAAUACCGUGGCCACCUACACAAUCGGUUCGAGUGAUCACUUUAGCCUAAGAACACAGAAAACCGAGAGCGGCAUUAUAAUUGUCCAAUUGCUCUUGGAGAAAUCUUUGGACCGAGAACUACAAUCAUCAUUUCAACUAUUGCUUACGGCGACUGACGGCGGAACCCCUCAGAGAUCGGGCACAGCUCAGAUUCUCAUUACUGUAUUCGAUAACAAUGAUAAUCCACCUGUGUUCGACCAUGAUAUUUACAGAGGUAGCGUAAGUGAGAACGCGCCGCGGGGUACGUUGGUGCUGAAAGUCAAAGGAAUUGAUUUGGACGAAGGACUGAAUGCGGUCCUGACAUAUCGUUUUAGUGAUGUUGCUUUGCGAAGAGCGCAAAAUGUAUUCAGUUUGGAACCAGGCACCGGGGAGAUUCGAGUCCAACAGCCACUAGAUUUUGAAGAAGUUAACAGCUAUUCUCUCGAUAUUCAAGCCCAGGACCACGGUUCCCCUGCAAUGACAGGACACUCCAAUGUACUGAUCGAAGUCACUGAUGUGAACGACAAUGCACCUGAGAUAAAGGUAACUUCAGCUUCCAACAAAAUCCAGGAAAAUGCGCCACCAGGAAGUUUCAUAUCCCUGAUUAAUGUGAUGGAUCGUGAUUCAGGAGCGAACGGUCAAGUAGGUUGCGACAUACAAAAGAACGUCCCAUUUCGACUGCAAAGGACAUCGAACCACUAUAAACUAACUACGAGUGAAACGUUGAAUCGUGAAGUCAUCUCUGAGUAUGACAUACUUAUUUCCGCCUGGGACUUGGGGUCGCCGUCACUAUCAUCAAAUAAAACCAUCCAGAUUGCAAUUUCGGACGUUAAUGAUAACGCACCGCAGUUCGGUGAUGCAUCCUACAACGUAUAUGUAAUGGAGAAUAACCCUCCGGGUGCAUUCAUUUUUACAGUGACUGCAACGGAUCCCGAUCUGGACCAAAAUUCAUAUGUUUCCUACUCCGUUCUCGAUAAUCAUAUCCAAAACAUGCCGGUAUCCACUUAUCUCACUAUUAACCCAAUGAACGGUACUAUUUACGCGCUGCGUUCCUUUGACCAUGAGGAACUCAAGAACUUCCAGUUCCGUAUACAAGCCCGUGACGCAGGGGUGCCUCCGUUGAGCAGCAGCGUCACGGUGAAUGUGAUCAUCCUGGAUCAAAAUGACAACGCGCCGGUAAUUGUUUCACCUUCAGAACAAAGUGGCCCAGCAACAGUGGAGAUCGUGCCCCAGAUAGCGGGUCAAGGGUACUUGGUCACCAAGAUAAUGGCAACUGAUGCCGAUUCUGGUCAGAACGCUCGGCUAUUUUAUCACAUGGUGAAAUCUACCGACCCUGGUUUGUACAACGUUGGACAACAUUCAGGUGAAAUCAGAACAGCGCGCAAUAUUAUGCAGUCAGAUACUGUUGUACAAACUCUAGUCAUCUUGGUUAAGGACAAUGGGCAGCCAAGCCUGACCAGCACAGUUACAAUCCACAUUAGAGUUUUGUGGAACAGCACUGAAGGAACCGGCGAAAGCAGUACCUUGGUGAAGAAUCCAGAAUAUUUCUCUGAUCCAAACGUUUAUUUAAUCAUCAUUUUCAGUUGCACUUCCGUGAUCUUUCUUCUGAUCAUCGUUCUGUUGAUUGGCAUCAAGUGUAAACAGGACAGAAUUAAUAUCCAAGAUUAUAACUCCCCUAAUUAUUCUUACAACCAUGCGGGUUAUCACGGCACGCUUAAUGGGAGAUCUGCCAUGGAGGAAACAUUACGCUAUCCUGGGACGGGCCGGGUACUCCGCUUGCAAGAGCCGAAUCAAUACUCGGUCUGUCUUUCUCCAGAGUCAGCGAAAAGCGAUUUUCUCUUCUUGAAGCCAUGCGGCGCACCCACCUCUCAAGCCCAAUUUCCGAGGCGAGCAGUGCCUACGUUUCCAUUGCCGAAACAGGCUGAGGACGAUAGAUUUCCCGUCUGUUUGAAUUCGGGAUUGGAAAUCUAUAAGAUUUUUUAUCUGGUGCGUGGACCAUUUGCACGGAUUACCCGAGGAGAGGCCUGGUCUGGGACUUUGACAGGGCGCGGAACAAUGGCGUGCCUACCGAGGUUUGCCUUCACUGCGUUUGCUUGCAUAAUUGUGAUAUGUCGACCGGGUCUAAUCUCCGGGCAAAUUCGUUAUUCUAUUCCCGAGGAAAUGAAGCAAGGGGCAUUUGUUGGGAAUAUCGCUGUGGAUUUGGGCCUGAACGUACGGCGAUUGUCAGCUCGCAAAUUCCGAUUGGGCUCUGAUGACGGUGGGCGGUACAUGGAGGUCAGUUUGGACAAUGGAAUCAUGUCUAUUCGUGAAAGAAUCGACCGGGAACGUAUUUGUGGACAGACUGAUAAAUGUACUAUACCUUUCGAAACCAUACUGGCAAACCCUUUGGAGAUGUAUCACGGGGAAUUGGAGAUUCUUGAUGUAAAUGACAAUUCUCCCACUUUCCCGCAGAGCAGCAUUGUCUUGCAGAUAUCGGAAGCCAGUGCACCCGGUGUACGUUUCCGACUCGAGGGCGCGGAUGAUCCCGACGUUGGUACAAAUACCGUGGCCGCUUACACAAUCCGUUCCAGUAAGUACUUUAGUCUAAAAACACAGAGGGCCGAAGACGGCAUUAUAAUUGCCGAUUUGCUGUUAGAGAAGUUGUUGGACCGAGAGCAGCAAUCAUCCCUUCAACUCUUGCUUACUGGGAUUGAUGGCGGAACCCCUCAGAGAUCAGCCACAGCUCAGAUUCUCAUUACUGUGCUGGACUUCAACGAUAAUCCACCUGUGUUCGAUCAUAAUAUUUACAGAGGUAGCGUAAGUGAGAACGCGCCGCGGCGUACGUUGGUGCUGAAAAUCCAAGCAAAUGAUUUGGACGAAGGACUGAAUGCGGAGUUAACAUAUCGUUUCCAUGAUGCUACUGUGCGAAGAGUGCAAUAUUUAUUCAGUUUGGAUCCACGCACUGGGGAGAUUAUAGUUAAAGGGCCUGUAGAUUUUGAAGAAGUAAACAGCUAUUCUCUCGAUAUUCAAGCCCAGGACCACGGUUCACCUGCAAUGACGGGGCACUGCAAAGUAGUGAUCAAAGUGAUUGACGCGAAUGACAAUGCACCUGAGAUAAGGGUAACAUCAGCUUCCAACAAAAUCCAGGAGAAUACUCCACCAGGAAGUUUCAUAUCCCUGAUUUAUGUGAUCGAUCGCGAUUCCGAAACGAACGGUCAAGUGCGUUGCGAGAUACAAAAGAACGUCCCAUUUCGACUGCAAAAGACAUCGAACCACUAUAAAUUAGUCACCAGUGAAACGUUGGACCGUGAAGCGAUCUCUGAGUAUAACAUUCUUAUUUCAGCCUGGGACGUGGGUUCACCGUCACUAUCAACAAAUAAAACCAUCGAGAUUUCAAUUUCGGACAUUAAUGAUAACGCACCACAGUUCGGUGAGACAUCCUACAACGUAUAUGUAAUGGAGAAUAACGGGGCGGGUGCGUCCCUUUCCACAGUAACUGCAAUGGAUCCUGAUCUGGAUCUAAAUUCCCAUGUUUCCUACUCCUUUCUCGAUAAUCAUGUCCAAAACUUGCCAGUGUCCACUUACCUCACUAUUAACUCAAUGAACGGUACUAUUUACGCGCUGCGUUCCUUUGACCAUGAGGAACUCAAGAACUUCCAAAUCCAUGUUCAAGCCCGUGACGCCGGGGUGCCUCCGUUGAGCAGCAGCGCCACGGUGAAUGUGAUCAUCCUGGAUCAAAAUGACAACGCGCCGGUAAUUGUUUCACCUUCAGAACAAAUUGACUCAGCAACAGUGGAGGUCGUGCCCCAGACUGCGGGUCAAGGGUACUUGGUCACCAAGAUAAUGGCAACUGAUGCCGAUUCUGGUCAGAAGGCACGGCUCUUUUAUCAGAUGGUUUAAUCUACCGCACCCGGGUUGUGUAACAUUGGACAACAUUCCGGAGAAGUCAGAACAGCGCGCAAUAUUUUGCAGUCAGAUAAUGCUUUACAAACUCUAGUCAUCUUGGUUAAGGACAAUGGGCAGCCAAGCCUGUCCAGCACAGUUAGAAUCAACAUUAGAUUGUUGUGGAACAGCACUGAAGGAAUCAGCGAAUGCAGUACCUUGGUGAAGAAUCCAGAAUAUUUCUCUGAUCCACACGUUUAUUUAAUCGUCAUUUUCAGUUGCACUUCCGUGGUCUUUCUUUUGAUCAUCAUUCUAUUGAUUGGUAUCAAGUGUAAACAGGACAGACAUAGUAUCCAAGAGUAUAACUCGCCUAGUUAUUCUCACAAUUAUGGGGGUUCUCACGGUACGUUUAGUGGAAGACCUGCCCUGGAGGAAACUUUACGCUAUCCUGGGACGGGCCGGGUACUCCGCGUGCAAGAACCGAAUCAAUACUCGGUUUGUCUUUCUCCAGAGUCAGCGAAAACCGAUUUUCUCUUCUUGAAGCCAUGCGGCGCACCCACCUCUCAAACCCAAUGCUCACGGAACAUGGCGUACCUACCGAGGUUUGCCUUCACUGCGUUUGCUUGCAUAUUUGCGAUUUGUGCACCGGGACUAAUCUCCGGGCAAAUUCGUUAUUCUAUUCCCGAGGAAAUGGAGCAAGGGGCAUUUGUUGGGAAUAUCGCUGUGGAUUUGGGCCUGAGCGUACGGCGAUUGUCAGCUCGCAAAUUCCGGCUGAGCUCCGAUGACGGAGGGCGAUACAUGAAGGUUAGUUUGGACAAUGUAAUCAUGUCUAUUCGUGAAAGAAUCGACCGGGAACGUAUUUGUGGACAGAAUGAUCAAUGUACUAUACGUUUCGAAACAAUACUGGAAAAUCCGUUUGAGGUGUCUGACGGCGAAUUGGAGAUUCUUGAUGUAAAUGACAAUUCCCCCACUUUUCCGCAAAGCAGCAUUGCCUUACAGAUAUCGGAAGCCAGUGUAUCCGGGAUACGUUUCCGACUCGAGGGCGCGGAUGAUCCCGACAUUGGUACAAAUACUGUGGCCGCCUAUACAAUCAGUUCCAAUGAGCACUUUAGUCUAGAAACACAGAAAUCCGAAGACGGUAUUAUAAUUGCCGAAUUGAUGUUAGAGAAAUCUUUGGACCGAGAGAUGCAAUCAUCAUUUCAACUCAUGCUUACUGCGUUUGACGGUGGGACCCCUCAGAGAUCAGCUACGACACAGGUUCUGAUUACGGUAUUCGACCAGAACGAUAAUCCACCUGUGUUCGACCAUGAUAUUUACAGAAGCAGCGUAAGCGAGAAUGCGUCGCGGGGUACGUUGGUGCUGAAAGUCCAAGCAAAUGAUUUGGACGAAGGAAUGAAUGCGGAGCUGACAUAUCGUUUCAAUGAUGUUGCUUUGCGAGCAGUGCAACAUGUAUUCAGGUUGGAUCCACGCACUGGGGAGAUUCGAGUUCAAGGGCCUUUCGAUUUUGAGGAAGUAAACACCUAUUCUCUCGAUAUUCGAGCCCAGGACCACGGUUCCCCUGCAAUGACAGGACACUCCAAAAUAUUGAUCAAAGUCAUUGACGUGAACGACAAUGCACCCGAGAUAAAGGUAACAUCAGCUUCCAACACAAUCCAGGAAAAUACUCCACCAGGAAGUUUCAUAUCCCAGAUUUAUGUGAUCGAUCGCGAUUCCGCAGCGAACGGCCAAGUGCGUUGCGAGAUACAAAAGAACGUCCCAUUUCGACUGCAAAAGACAUCGAACCACUAUAAAUUAGUCACCAGGGAAACGUUGGACCGUGAAGCGAUCUCUGAGUAUAACAUUGUUAUUUCAGCCUGGGACUUGGGGUCGCCUUCACUAUCAUCAAUUAAAACCAUCCAGAUUGCCAUUUCGGACGUAAAUGACAACGCACCGCAAUUCGCGGAGUCAUCCUACAACGUAUAUGUAAUGGAGAAUAACGGUCCGGGUGUAUCCAUUUUCACAGUAACUGCAACAGAUCACGAUCUGGAUCAAAAUUCCUACCUUUCCUACUCCUUUCUCGAUAAUCAUAUCCAAAACAUGCCAGUAUCCACUUACCUCUCCAUUAAUUCAAUCAACGGUACUAUUUACGCGCUGCGUUUCUUUGACUAUGAGGAACUCAAGAACUUCCAGAUCCAUGUACAGGCCCGUGACGCCGGGGUGCCUCCGUUGAGCAGCAGCGUCACGGUGAAUGUGAUCAUCCUGGAUCAAAAUGACAACGCGCCGGUAAUCUUUUCACCUUCAGAACUGAGUGAAUCGGCGGCAAUGGAUACCGUACCCCGGUCAGCCGGUCAAGGGUACUUGGUCAGCAAGAUAAUGGCAACUGAUGCAGAUUCUGGUCAGAACGCACGGCUCUUUUAUCAGAUAGUGAGAUCUACCGACCCCGGUUUGUACAACGUUGAGCAACAUUCCGGAGAAGUCCGAACAGCACGCAAUAUUUUCCAGUCAGAUACUGCUUUACAAACUCUAGUCAUCUUGGUUAAGGACAAUGGACAGCCAAGACUGUCAAGCACAAUUACAAUGAACAUUAGAGUUUUGGGAAACAGCAGUGAAGGAAUCAGCGAAAGCAGUACCUUGGUGAAGACGCCAGAAUAUUUCUCUGAUCCAAACGUUUAUUUAAUCGUCAUUUUCAAUUGCACUUCCGUGGUAUUUCUUCUGAUCAUCAUUCUGUUGAUUGGCAUCAAGUGUAAACAGGACAUAAAUAUUAUCCAAGAGUAUAACACCCCUAGUUAUUGUUACAAUCAUGGGGUUUCGCACGGCACGUUUAAUGGAAGACCAGCGAUGGAGGAAACAUUGUGUUAUCCUGGGACGGGCCGGGUAGUCCGGGGGGCAGAACUGAAUCAAUACUCAGUCUGCCUGUCUCCAGAAUCAGCGAAAAGCGAUUUUCUCUUCCUGAAGCCACGCGACGCUCCCACCUCUCAAGCCCAAAGCUGAAUAACAAUGGUACGUAAAUUGAAGAAUGCCAAUUUAUAUGCGGCCAUUUUAUUGCUGCUGGAGGAUGUGAAUCAGUGCGAGUGCAUUGUUUAGAAAACUUACCCUUGUUGCAUUUUUUUUCUCUGUCGCUUAAAUGGGAGUACGGUUGUAAUUGAAAAAAAUAAAACUGGAAUGAAAACAU